AGUUGGUUCGUCGGUAGUGUUCCAGCCACUCCUUUUGCAGAAGCAUAAAGUUGGGGGCGGGGUUACACAGCCUCCAGCGAAUGGGAGAAGUGGGCGGGGGUAAGCCAGGUGUUGGUUGCCUUGAUUACAAAUUCUUACCUCCGCCGGCGGCACAAGGCUUUAUGUUCCUAACUCUAUUAGUGGAUGGUUCCGCCUCUUCCCCCGGGUCUCCCCGGGAAGCGGAAGUACGGCCCUCCGGGGCGGGAUCACGUGCCCCUCGGCACCUCGGCGCGAUGCGGCUGCGCGGCUGCGUAAAGGCGGCGGCGGCGGCCUAGAGCGGCCCCGGUUGAUUUCUGGCUCCUGCCCCGGCUCCAGCGCGGUCUCGGACCGGCGCUGGGCGGGAGGAGGAGUAGGAGAUGGCGACGGCCGAGGUAGCGGUGGAGGGCGAAGAUGGCGGCGGCAGCCGGGGACUAGCACGCCGGGGCUGCGAACAUUACGAUCGCGGAUGCUUCCUCAAGGCUCCUUGCUGUGGUAAACUUUACACCUGCCGCUUAUGCCACGAUAACAACGAAGAUCAUCCUCUGGACCGGUUUAAAGUGAAAGAAGUACAAUGUGCAAAGUGUGGAAAAGUUCAGAAUGCUCAACAGACUUGUGAAGAAUGUAGCACUUUGUUUGGAGAAUAUUAUUGCGAUAUAUGCCACCUAUUUGACAAAGACAAGAAGCAGUACCACUGUGAGAAGUGUGGAAUUUGUAGGAUUGGUCCGAAGGAAGAAUUUUUUCACUGUUUGAAAUGUAACCUAUGCCUAUCCUUGAGUCUCCAAGGGCAUCACAAGUGCAUCGAGAAUGUGUCCAGGCAGAAUUGCCCCAUCUGUUUAGAGGACAUUCAUACGUCCCGUGUAGUUGCUCAUGUCUUGCCAUGUGGGCAUCUUCUGCACAGAACAUGUUAUGAAGCAAUGUUGAAAGAAGGCUACAGGUGUCCAUUAUGUAUGCACUCUGCUCUCGACAUGACUCGCUAUUGGCGACAGCUGGAUAAUGAAGUAGCACAAACUCCGAUGCCGACAGAAUAUCAGAAUAUGACUGUGGAAAUUCUUUGCAAUGAUUGCAGUGCCCGCUCUAAAGUCCAAUUCCACAUAUUAGGAAUGAAGUGUAAGAGCUGUGAGUCGUAUAAUACUGCCCAAGAUGGAGGGUGUGGAAUUCCUCUGGAACAGCAGUGACCAGCCUCUCCAGACUGCAUAGAAAGGGCUGCCUCCGAAGACUCACCAUUGUUUCUGAAAUAAAAGACGUUCCUUAGUGUCCUGUUGCUAUGCUGUCACAAACAUUAGUGUGAUGUUUGUGGUCAUGUCACAACAUAACCUCCCACUACGGGGACUCAGUAAUCAGGCCCUCAAUAGAAUUGUCAUUUUUAUUAUUGUGUAAAAACUGGAGCUCUUCCAUUGAGUGGAAAUUCCUUCAAUGUUACUUAGGACCCAGAUGACAUUCUGCUUUGAAAUUGAUGUUCAUUAGAAUGUAUAAUUUCAUUGCAUUUCCUCUUAAGCAAAGCUAUGCAUCCAGAAUCUAUAAAUAGUUCUUAAUAGAACUGUGCUUAACAUUAAAACUUUAUCUUAAGGGCUGUGUUGUAAGACUAGGGUUUAUCUUAUUGUCUAAAUAAACUUUAGAAUUUUAUAAAGCAGUCCCUUUUGAAUGCUGUAAAUGUGUAUUUUAAUGUGACAUCGAAUAAAAAACUCUUGGCAUAGUCUGGCAUAGAAA